AAGAGAGCGUGAGCAAGGUUAAAAUUCUGGUAUCAUUUUGUUUCCCACCACUGCGCCCCCUUUUGCUUUCGCUCUGUGUAAUCCUUUGUCCUUCUUGGCCUUGCGAAAAUGUUGUUCUUCUCCUACUUCAAGGAUUUGGUGGGCAGAGAAGUAACCGUGGAGCUCAAGAACGAUUUAGCCAUCCGAGGGACACUGCAUUCUGUUGACCAGUAUCUCAACAUCAAGCUCGAAAACACUCGCGUUGUCGAUCAAGACAAGUACCCUCACAUGCUUUCUGUAAGGAACUGCUUCAUCAGAGGGUCGGUAGUUAGAUACGUGCAAUUGCCUCCUGAAGGGGUGGACAUUGAACUAUUGCAUGAUGCCACAAGGAGAGAAGCUCGGGGUGGUUAGUGUCAUUCUUGUGUUGUAUCUUCGUACGAGAAUUCGGUAGUCCUCCGUAUAUGGAUAUUAUCCUCGUACUACAGAACGAAACGUUUUAUAGAUGUUAAGGAUCUGUAACUUGUACUGUCUUUUCCUUUUAUUUCUUUUGGAAGCACUGUCUAGUUUUACUGCGACAAAUGAUAUUGGGGUACCUGCAUUGCUUUUUCCUACUCCUAGUGCUUAUUUGUUCAAAGAAAUGUCACAGAGUAUAAUGCAUAAAUAUUUACACUACGGAGUAUGUCAAAUAUCGAAAAUGACGAUUCACACAUUUACUUCAGAAAAUUACCAUAUCUACCCUAGUGCAUUGCAUUGUAAGGAGCCUUAGUUAAUUAGGGCCUGUUUGGUGUGUAAAAUAAGGGUAUAUAGGAUAGGGUAGCAUAUCGCAUUUGCUCUUAAAAGUGUUGGUUGAGUUAUAAUGAUUGUUUUAAAGAUG